AUGAGUGUUUUGGAAGUUUUUGAGUGGAUAAAAAGUAACUUUAACGAAACAGUCGCCGCCAAAUUCAAAGGUAAGCUAAAGUCAAACUCCACUGAGUGAAAUACACAAGUGGCGCGAAAAAAAGUCAAGCAAAUUUUCCGUACUUUUCUUCUUCUAACAGAGCAAAACAUCAAUGGAAAAGGACUCCUUUUCCUAGCAGACAGAGGGACAAAACAGCAAAUGGAAGCGUGUGGACUGGACCUUGUUGGGGACCAAAUGAAAUUGUUGGAGGUUCUCGAGCUCGACGCAAUGGAGUCGAACAUAAGCUUUAAGAACCAUCAACCAAAAAAAUUGACAAAACCGUCAACCAAAAACAUCGACAAAGAACUACACAAGCGAAUAUACAAUGCUAAGUAAGUUUGAUUUUUCUUUUACUUUGUAAGUUUACAAUUAAGCCAUCCUCUGAGGUGAGGCUAAAAAAGGAACAUCCCAAUGCAAAUCCUGAGUGGAAUUUAUUAUGGGGAAAGGAUUGGGUAUUUGACGAAAUCUACAUCGUUUUGUUUAUUUGCAUGCGUGACAAGAUGUAAACUAAAAUCAAGUUACUUGCAUAAAGUUGAUGUGAUGUUUGAAGUGACCUUAGAUAUUAACAACACUCGGUGUCUUUCUCUCCGACUGUGAGAGUGAAAAUUUAUUUUUGUAAACUUGAAGUAGAAAUCUUCAUCUGUUAGUCAAAACAAAAUGUGAACUUAAUCUAGCUUUCAACUAGAUAACUAUUUCUACCUGUAUUUUUACAGCUGAUGAUAAAUGCUAAGGAAACAGUUUAUGUUGUAUCCGCCAGAGAAGGAAGAGGAAAUUGACCAAAGAUGAUCUUUUUUUUUUUCUAAACAGAAAGAAAGCUGUGAAAGCUGCUGUAAUAAAAAAGUGGCCAGGAAAUGACCUACCAAAUUUCAAGAAAAAUCCAUCUCAGCUUAAAGUCUUACACGAGUUGGUUGAAGAGUUAGAGGAAGAUUGCACAUAUAUGACAGUGGGCUUUAACAAAGAAGCCAUCCGUAAGCACAUCUUGGACAUUUUAAAUGAACGGCGCAGACAUGUUAGAAGUGGACAUGAUUAUACAAAGGUAUGACCAUGUUUUUUUUGGAGCCUGUGUUUGUAGUUAUGCACCCAUAGGUAAAUUACAUGGUUUACUUGACAGGUGAAUAAGGCUAAGAAGAAGCAAUCACCUCAGGUGGCUUCAUGUAAACCAGAUGAUACACAAACUGAAAAUGAUGAGUGUACCCAGCCUGAAAACAGUGAUGGUGGUGAUACUGAAGAUGUGCGUUCAUCUGAUGAUAGCCAGUCAUGUAGCAGUGCUUCUUCCCCUUCAACCUCAAUGCUGCCUUCAUCUGAGGAUGAUGAGAGCAAUAAAGGUAUUUUUGGACUGUAUUUACUAUUUGCCAGACUUGAAACAGAGUCCUCAUUUCUUGGAAAAUAAAGGAAUGGACACCCAAAACAGCACAAAAAUAUUUCAGUGAAUGAUACUCAGCUUCAUCUUCUCAAUGCCUUCUUUUUCAUUUUGCAACAAAAUCGUGCUCCACACAUUUUAAAAAUCAAGGGCAUAACCUCUUGUAUCAUUUUUUGCUACUGUCCAAACAACAAAAAAUUGCGACCUUUUUUUACUCUUUGUUGACUUGCAGUUUCUAAAAAAAUAUAUACUCAAAUAGAGCCCUUAUUCACUCACAACUGUUUUUGUUAUUGAAAAAAAAUUGACUCCAUUUUUCUAUUGUUUGUACUGUUAUUGAUCAUAGAAAUGAUGGCAUAAAAUAUUGAAAACUUUAAAAACCACCAAGUUUUGGACAUUUUAUGACGUCAUUUCUAUGAUCAAUGAGAGCACAGACAAUCCCUGUGGUGAUAUCAAUGUUGGAAGCAGUUCCCAAGAUAUGGUCCCUCUUACUUGGUAGGGUUAAAUUAAUAUUAUAGCUUACUAUGGGGAGUUGAGUUAACUAUAAUUAUAAUAGUGCCAAUGAUAUUAUUGUUAACUAUCUUUAUCUUUUUCUUUUCUCACAAGGCAUUCCUAUGGCUUCAGCUAAACUUAUAGUGGCAUGUGCCUUCAAUGAAGUCCGAGUGGUAGACAUAUCACGUUCACAGUUGCAAUCAGCUGCUAAAACAUUAAAGGUUCCCAUUAAAGAAUCUGAAUCAAGGUCAAAGGAAGUGUUGAUUUCCAAUGUUGCACAAGCUCUUGUCAGUAAAGGAUUUGUUAAAAUACCACCCAAAGAGAAAAUUUCAAGAGAUGAUGUUCAGAUCUUGAAGCCUUUUUAA